AUGAAUACAGACGCCAACACGCCACCGUCCGCCAGCACUACUGCAACUGCAGCCAUCGCCACGACUUCAGCACCAGUACCAGUUGCUUCGGUGAGUGUCAAACUUCCACCUUUUUGGCCUAACGACCCCCUUGUUUGGUUUGCUCAAGUAGAGGCCCAGUUUUUCACAAGAAAUAUAACUUCACAGGCUACAAAGUUUGCUUAUGUAAUCUCCGCUCUCCAGCCUGAAAUCGCACAGGAGGUACGCGACAUUUUGAUCCACCCCCCUCAAGCAACGCAGUACGAUAUACUCAAGGCCGAACUCAUACAGCGCACUUCCGCCUCUGAACAAAAGCGGCUUCACCAACUGCUGACUGCAGAAGAACUGGGUGACCGGAAGCCCUCUCAAUUACUGCGCCAUAUGCGACAACUGCUUGGAGACAAUACACUGGAAAACAACAUUUUACGACAGUUGUUUUUGGAAAGGUUACCAACCAAUGUCAGGCUGAUUUUAGCCUCCACUGCUGACUCCCUUCCCGUUGAGCAGGUUGCUUUAUUAGCAGACAAAAUUUUAGAGGUUGCGACCCCCCUUGGCAUUUCCUCUUUAACACCUACUGUGUCAGCGCUAGCCCCCACGCCUGUUACACCGCCUAUCGCUUCUGAAGUUCAUGCUCUCAGAUCUCAAGUAGAGGAAUUGACUUUUCAAGUCCAAGCCCUUAUCAGCCGCACACAGCCAACCAAUAGUUUCCCAGGGCGUAGCCGAAGCCGCUCUACCAGCCGGAAACGACGCCACCAGCAACUAAGGGCGACUAGUUCUGCUGGUCUUGCUUCUUCCAGUCGCCUCUUUUAUAUUACCGACCGUACCACUGGUACACGUUUCUUGGUAGAUACAGGUGCUGAUGUAAGCGUUUUACCUCCUUCUUCUGCUGAUAAACAAACUUCUCAAAACAUUUCUUUGCAAGCUGUAAAUAAGUCGCCAAUUCGUACUUUCGGAGAAAAGUCUUUAACGAUAGACCUCGGACUUCGCCGCACGUACAGGUGGAUUUUUAUUAUUGCUGAAAUACCGUUCCCUAUUCUUGGCGCUGAUUUCCUUGCUCAUUUUGCCCUUAAAGUUGAUGUUAAAAAUCGGAAACUCAUUGACACUACAACUAAUUUGACCAUUCAAGGCAUUUUGUCCGCCGACAGCUCACCUCAUCCUAUGCUGGCAACCCCUGAUACUACUUCGCCAUACCAAGCAUUACUUCAAAAGUAUCCUGACAUUGCCCGUCCUUCAUACUACGAAUCAAAAGUAAAGCAUACAGUCACCCAUCACAUCACAACUACAGGCCCUCCUGUAUUUGCUCGUCCCCGUCGUCUUGCUUCUGAACGUUUGACCAUUGCCAAGGCAGAAUUUGAUCACAUGUUACAACUUGGCAUCAUUCGACCGUCAAAAAGCAGUUGGUCUUCUCCGUUGCACAUGGUUCCUAAGGCUACUCAAGGUGACUGGCGACCUUGCGGUGAUUAUCGUGGCUUGAACAAUGCUACAGUUCCUGAUCGCUACCCUAUCCCACACAUCCAAGAUUUCUCUUCGUCUCUGCAUGGAAAAACCGUUUUCUCAAAAAUUGAUCUCGUGCGUGCAUAUCAUCAGAUUCCAGUCGAGCCUAGUGACAUUCCUAAGACUGCUAUAACCACGCCCUUUGGGCUAUUUGAGUUCGUUCGCAUGCCAUUCGGAUUGCGUAAUGCAGCACAGACCUUCCAGCGCUUCAUGCACCAAGUACUUCGUGGCUUGGAUUUCGUUUUUGCUUACAUUGAUGAUUUACUUAUCGCAAGCAACUCUGAAGCAGAACAUUUGUUGCAUCUUGACAUUUUAUUCUCUCGUCUUUCCGAUCAUGGUAUUGUCAUUCACCCUACCAAAUGCAUUUUUGGCCAAUCUCAUAUUGACUUCCUAGGACAUCAUGUUUCACCACAAGGAAUUUCACCACUUUCCACAAGAGUUAAAGCAAUCAAAGAUUUUCCUCCUCCUACUUCGCUCAAAAAGCUUCGCGAGUUCCUGGGAUUGAUCAACUUCUACCGCCGUUUUGUGCCUCGCUGUGCUCAAUUAAUACAGCCUCUCACCGACCUUCUCUCUUCCAAGUCUACCAAGGAACCGUUCCAACUAACUGUGGAUUCAUUAUCUGCAUUCUCAGAGAUCAAAACAGCGCUUUCCCAGGCUACUCUUCUUGUUCACCCAUCACCGGUAGCAGCAUGCAGUGUAGUUGUUGAUGCUUCGAAUGUUGCUGUAGGAGCAGUGCUUCAACAAUUCCUCAAUGGUGCCUGGCAACCUAUUUCUUUUUUUUCAAAGCGCCUGCAACCAGCCGAAGCGAAGUACAGCACAUUUGGACGAGAACUACUCUCCGUCUACUUAGCUAUCAAGCACUUUCGGUACUUUUUGGAAGGACGCGCAUUCCAUGUUAUGACAGACCAUAAGCCAUUGCUCCAUGCACUGUCUUCUUCGUCUGAUCGAUAUUCGCCACGGGAAAUUCGCCAUCUUGAUUUUAUCUCUCAAUUCACCUCUGACAUACGACACGUAAAAGGCCAUCAGAAUGUGGUUGCUGAUGCUCUUUCUCGCAUUGAGCUCAAUUCCUUACUCAAUAUUCCAACCCUUGACUUUGUCACACUGUCUGCAGCUCAACAGCAAGAUUCUGAAUUUCAACAUAUACAGUCAAACACCUCUCUUAACCUGAAAGAGUUUCCUUUACCGGCAGAUUCUGGAACCAUCAUUUGUGACAUAUCAACCGGCACUCCUCGCCCAUAUGUUCCUGUCUGUUAUCGCCGCCUUGUGUUUAAUCACCUCCACUCACUUGCACAUCCCGGUAUUCGUGCAACACAGCGACUUAUCAGACAACAUUACAUCUGGCCUAGUAUCAACAAAGACAUCCGCAAUUGGACUCGGUCCUUUUUUGGUGUUCCUUCAAUGAUAACAACUGAUCGAGGAGCUCAGUUUGAAUCAGCUCUCUUCCGUUCCCUCGCUGAUUUACUUGGAAUCAAACGUAUUCAUACUACUUCUUACCACCCUUGCGCCAAUGGCAUGGUUGAGCGUUUCCAUCGACAGCUUAAAGCUUCAAUCAAAGCACAACCGGAUUCCACAAGAUGGAUCGACCUUCUUCCACUCAUUCUCCUCGGCCUUCGGACAACGAUUAAAACUGACCUCGGUUGUUCACCUGCCCAACUUGUUUAUGGUUCCACACUUCGUCUUCCAGGUCAAUUCAUAUCUCCAACAUUUGAUGUCACAGCCCUUGAUCCCUCUGUUUUUGUUGAUCGUCUACAAAGUUUUAUGCAACAACUAAAACCAACUCCUCCCCGUUCUCAAGAAGCUUACACAUACAUCCCAGCUAAUCUUUCAUCUUGUACGCACGUCUUUGUUCGCCAUGAUGCUGUUCGAAAGCCGUUUCAACCUCCCUAUGACGGUCCUUUCAAGGUUCUGAAGCGCAAUGACAAACAUUUCCUCGUAGAUGUCAAUGGAAAACAACAGACGAUAAGCAUUGAUCGUCUGAAAGUUGCUUAUACCGAUGCAGAUCACCAACGUUCAACUGCCAGAAACACAUCAUCUCCAUCCGACCAUGCUUCAACGAGGACCAAGCCGGUAGAGAACCAAGUACCUGGUACUUCUCGAACAACACGUUCAGGGAGAAAAGUACAUUUUCCCGACCGAUAUGGACAUGCCUGA